AGUUACCCAACCCAGUAACGCCAUCCCUAAUACACUCUUAAUCUCUCUCUUCUCUAUAAGUAUGCCACACAAACCCUAACACACAGACAGAGAGAGAAGAAUAGUGAACGAAAGAGUGGUGGCUGCUGCGGAAGCGUUCUCCAACGCCACAAACAUCAAAGAAUAGCUUUCACAGCAGCAGCAAACUAAGGAAUCAAUCAUUUAAUAUAAGAUGGCCCGCUCUCUCUCACAAGCCAACCGUCUUGUUGCACUUGUUGCUGAAUCUCUCUCCCAAAUUCCAGUUCAUUGGCGAGGUUAUGCGGUCGCGUCUGAUGUUUCUGGUAGAGUUGGAUUGCGUGAUAUUGCGCGUAGGAGUGGAAUGGUGAGAAGCUUAGAAGAGAAGCCUGUGACAAGAGAUGCUUCAGAGGCCCGCUCGGCUUGGGGCCCAGACCCAGUAACUGGUUACUAUAGGCCCAUCAACCACGCCGUUGAAAUUGACCCGGUUGAGCUCCGGCAGAUGCUCCUCAACCACAAACCCAGAUCAUCCCACUAGAACCUGGGGGAGCUGCCAGCAAAAGCCUUCAGCAACCAUAAUAUGCACUUAUUUAUGUAGUAGUGUCUUUAUGCCCAAAAUUUACUUUGGGCUUCAGUUUGGUAACAUGAACUUUUGUUAAAGUAUGUUAAGUGUCCUAUGUAACCCCAAAAAUAAAAGUACCUUUAAGCUAAACACUGAGAACUAGGUUCUGUUUCU